CACACAGUCUCCUCACACUGUCACACAGAUCGAACGAAGUGAUAAGGAACGCCAGAAGUGUGUGGACAAUAUCUACAGUAUGAUGCUGAUUAUCUAAGGAUCAGAGCCUAUAUUGGACAUGGAUUGGAAAUUCUUGAUUUCCAUUCUCCUGAUCAUCUCAAACUAUGUGUCAGGUAAUGAAAGCUUUAAUAAUUUAUUCAAAAUUGCUGGUUAACGCUGUUUAGUUCUCACAAUAGACUCUCUAAAUGUAAGAACAUUAUAUAAACAGCAUAUAUAAUUAAAUAUAUAUAUAUAUAUAUACAGUAUACUGUAUAUAUAAAAUGGCUCUACUUUACUGUUAUUUUGUCAUUGACUGUUUUUUAUUGUUACUGAGUAGAAAGUGCACUUAGAAGUGUACAUUGUGGUCUAGCUUUCAAAAGUGUUUGAGGUAGCAUAUUGUACAUUUCUCAGUGUGUAUGUGUCCUUCCUAUCAAAAUGGAACAUGUUUCAAGACACACAUUGAUCUAAAAGUGUAAUGCCCAUAUACAUAAAAUAUAAACUAAGUUCGGAUUGUUAUCGAUAAUUAAAUGAUUAGACAAUGUUAAUCUAGUUAACUUGAGUCAACAGAGAAAAUGUGUCGUUCUAUUGACAUCCUAUGAUAUAGUUAUAAUUUGACGAUGUAUCAAUAAUAACCACAGACAAUUAGUAGUAAAUAAUUGGAAUUUUAGCAAAUAUUGUCAUGCGUCAACUGUAAACAUUGUGACAGUUCAUAGCGAAACUGGUUUAGAAAACCCUGAUGAAACGCAGUCCUCUUUCGGAAACCCUCCAACUACUUAUUGCUCUUCUGGACACCCAGGCUUCCUAUAAAUGAUUUGUCCUUUCAAAAUCUCAUAAAAAAUGCCUAGAAAUUCUUUAACAUUUGGAAUGUUAUAAUUGUUACAGGUAAAGACCUACUGAAGCCAGUCAAUCUGAAGGUGGAUAUAUGGGACGGGAAAGUAAGGUUUCUCUGGGACCCCCCUGAAGGGGCCCCGCCAGUGGCUCAGUACCAGGUGCAGAUUGCCAGGUAUACCCCACACUCCUUAUUUCCGCCUAAUUUACUCAUCCCUUCAUUCUCAGACCUGUCACUUAGCUACCUCACUUCAGCAUGCAUCCAUCUCGGAGUCCUCCCUAUCCAUGUCACGCCCUGGCUCUAGGGACUCUUUUAAGUUGAGCCAGGGUGUGUAGAGUUUAUGUUUUGUGCUCGUUGUGUCUAGUCUAGUUUUGUAUAUCUAUGUUGGCCAGAGUGGUUCUCAAUCAGAGGCAACGAGUAUCAGCUGUUGCUGGUUGUCUCUGAUUGGGAACCAUAUUUAGUCAGGUGGUUUUCCCACAGUGUUUGUGGGAUCUUGUUCCGUGUUGGUUUGUGUUUUGCACCUGUGGACGUCAAGUAUCGAUUUGUUGUUUUGUUCGUGUAUCAUUUAAUAAAUAAGUAUGUUCACCUUCCACGCUGCGCCUUGGUCCUCUAUAUCCGACGUUCGUGACAAUCCACUCUAUCACCUUUAUCCUUUUCAAUCAUUCAUCUAUACCACCCUCUCCUCAUCUUUGAAGAAAGUAUUAUAUUUCAUCUAGCUACUUUCACGUGUCUUUCCUCAGGUAUGUCGAUAGUAAUUGGACCAAUGUGACCAGCUGUGACAGGACCCAGCUGGCACAUUGUGACCUGUCCUACCUUAUCGAUGACUUCGUCAUGGUCUACAAGUUCCGGGUUCGACUGGUCACCGAGAACAGCAUCUCUGCAUGGUCACCACGGAAGAAGUUCAACCUCAAAGAAAGUAAGUCAAGUACAGCUAAGUUUUAGUGGCCGAGUUGAAUAGGUUUGCUUUCAGAAAUUUGCUAAUUUCUUUCUAGUUUCUAGUUACACACUGCCAAAACUUGUCCAUUGCUUACCUUUCUCCUCUACCGCUGUUCUUCCAGGUAAACUGCAGCAUCCCUCCAGUACACUGUUGGCCACCUCCAGUUCAAUAACAGUCAGUGUUGACAGGAAGCCAUUACUAAAAAAGAUCUUUCCAUUUGGCCUGACUUACACUAUCUACCUACAGGAAAAAGGGCAGGACCACAAGGUAAAGGACAGUAAGACACUGAUCAUAUGUAGUUUAAAAACAUACCGGUAACAGUGCUUCUAAUGUAAUAAAAUAUAUUAUGACAUGUGAUUCAUCCUAGUUCAUAUGUUCAUGUUUCUGUAUUGACUGACAUUUUCAUUUAUUGGAUUGCAGACCAUCAUUCGGCAAUUGAAGGAUGAAUAUGACGAGGAUAAGGCAGAGGUUCAGUUCACGUCUCUUCACUGGGGUCAGGAGUACUGUGUCAGCCUCAAUGUUGCAGGCAAUGGAGGAGAAUUCACCAGUGAGUUCUCCCCUGAACAGUGCCUCCUGCUGCCUGAGCAAGGUAAUACAACUCAGACUACACAGCUCUACAUGGCCAUAUAAGGCUCAACAUACACCAGCCUAAUGUCUAGAGUCUUAUUAACUGCCUUAAACUCAUUCAGCUAAACACAUGUUCUGUUUCUCAACAGAGUGGGAUAUCCUUGCUGUGGUGUCCUUCUCCAUCCUAAGUGUGUUGGGGGUACUGGUCAUCCUGGCCCUUAGCCUUUGCUGCUUCCUGAGGCAUCCUGAGAAAAUGCCUGUUGCACUGGUAAGGGUCUUUGAACAGUUUCACUAAUUCAGAACUGACUAUGUCUAUCACUUCAGGGAAAGGACACUUCAGGGAAAGGCCAAAAACGCUGUAUUCUAAAAGUGCAAAAAAGAAACCAACACAAUAGAUAUAAGUUUCAAGUGUCAGGUUUAAUUAGUCAUAUGUACGGGAUACGCAUGGUAUACAUCAUUCAACGAAAUGCUUACUUGCCGGUUCCUUCUCUACAAUGCAACACCGAUAAGAAAUAAUCAAAUAUAAGAAUACGAACAUAAAGUAAAUGGCUCAGUAGAGAAGUUCAGUGGUGCUUUGUUCUACCACAGUAUAUUCAAUUCCUGCAACCACAGAUGGGGAAACAUCAGGCUUUUAAGAAGUCUUUAUAUAAACGGUCUGUUUAACCCUGAUUAUCUUUUUCAAAACUAAGGGCCUAUUGUCAUUCUAUUUCCUGUUAUCAAUCACUUCGUCAUUCUAGGAGCUAGCUCUUUGGGGAUUCAUGUGUUUUUUUGUCCUCUUUAACAUCAGCAAUCCCCAGGCAGCGGCUGGCAGCCUCUCUGUGUGGGAGAAGUCCCAGUGGAGAUCGUCACAGACAAAGGCUGGUUCAUCAGCACCGCCAGAACUGAUGUCAUGGUCUGGUUGGCUGACGAGAGGACUACUCCAGCAGGCAAGGAAGAGCAGGAAGAAGGAGAGGACAGAAGAAUGAGUCUGGACAGUGGGACUUGCUCUGAAUCCCACAUUUCUGGGAAUGGAAACAGAGGAAGUCCGGCAAGGCAAGAAGACAGUGGCUGUGGAAGCCUGGGAGCACCAGAGAGUGCCGUCAGCAGCAGGAGUGGAACUGGAGAGCCCCCCCUGCUGGAUGGGAAGAUGAACACAGACAUCAGCCUAAAAGAGGACAGUGGGGUGGGGCUGGGCUGCCGGUCAGGGUGUUCUGGGAGUCUACAGGGGGAGGACUGUGGAAUCUUGCCUGAGAUGGUAAUGGUCACAGGGGAUGGCUACCGGAGCCAGAGCCCCUCUUCAGUGGACGCCCAUGUGUUUGAGACAGAGCAGAGUUUUCAACAAAUCUCAUGCGAAACAGUUAUGGCUGAUCCUGCUGUGGGAUACAGGUCUGGUCACAUGGCAUGCGUUUGUUUAGGGACAAGCCAAUGUGUUUGGUGCCAGACAAGAAGACACUAUGAGAGGAGUGUUGAUGGACAGUCUGUAGGUCUGUUUAGUUUUACAGAGGAGCAGCUACACUGCAGCAAUCUCACAGGUGACAUAUGCGAGAUGGAAUCUACAUGCUCCAGCUAUAAAAAGAACAAUCUCCACAUAGAAACAGUGGUAAACUUGGAGGACUCAGUAACCUUUUCCCACCUGCCUACAUGCAUAGGUGAAUCCUUCCCACUCCUGACGGCUUUAUCAGAUUUGUCCCUACUGGAGGGAGGACUGAACUGCAGCCUGAACACUAUGUUUCCUUCUCUGGGUGAUUUGGAAGUGAAAUCUGAUUGACAUGGUCCACAAACUGAGGACACUGUGUGACACACAGAAGGGUUUGUUUAGCACUACAGAUUGUGGGGAGUCAUGCAAUAUGUCUAUAAACCCUUUGUAAACAGUAUGUCUGGAGCCUUUUUUUGAAAUACCAUGUUUCUUCACUAUAGUUAACUCUGAGGAGUCAAUUAAAGCAGUCACUGACAUUGUCAACUGUUAUUGACAAAGCAUUUGUAUUUGUAUUUAUUAUGGAUCCCCAUUAGCUGCUGCCACAUAUCUAUAACAAAAAAAUCCAUGUGACAUGUUUGUAUAGUGCAUAUGUUAUCUUGUGUUUGUAUGCAUGUGUCUAUGUUUGUGUUGCUUCACAGUCCCCGCUGUUCCAUCUGUUUUUUAAAUCUGAUUCUAUUGCUUGCAUGAGUUACUUGAUGUGGAAUAGAGUUCCAUGUAGUCAUGGCUCUAUGUAGUACUGUGCGCCUCCCAUAGUCUGUUCUUGACUUGGGGACUGUGAAUAGACCUCUGGUGGCGUGUCUUGUGGGGUAUGCAUGUGUGCCAGUAGUUCAAACAGACAGCUCGGUGCAUUCAACAUGUCAAUACCUCUGACAAAUACAAGUUUUGAUGAAGUCCAUCUCUCCUCCACUUUGAGCCAGGAGAGAUUGACAUGCAUAUUAUUAAUGUUAGCUCUCUGUGUACAUCCAAGGGCCAGCCGUGCUGCCCUGUUUUGAGCCAAUUGCAAGUCCCUCUUUGUGGCACCUGACCACACGACUGAACAGUAGUCCAGGUGCAACAAAACUAGGGCCUGUAGGACCUGCCUUGUUGAUAGUGCUGUUAACAAUGCAGAGCAGCGCUUUAUUAUAGACAUACUUAGGGUUUAGUACAUUUUUUGACCCAAAUACAAUGCUUUUAGUUUUAGAAAUAUUUAGGACUAACUUAUUCCUUGCCACCCAUUCUGAAACUAACUGCAGCUCUUUGUUAAGUGUUGCUGUCAUUUCAGUCGCUGUGGUAGCUGACGUGUAUGGUGUUGAGUCGUCCGCAUACAUAGACACACUGGCUUUACUGAAAAUUCCUGAUACUAUCUGGAUUAUGUUGGGGAGGCUUCCAUUAAAGAACACCCUCUGUGUUCUGUUAGACAGGUAACUCUUUAUCCACAAUAUAGCAGGGGUUGUAAAGCCAUAACACAUACGCUUUUCCAGGAACAGGCUAUGAUCGAUAAUGUCAAAAGCUGCACUGAAGUCUAACAAAACAGUGAUGUGAGGCAGGCAGAAAACAGAGGUUGAGCUGCUUUUCAAAACAGCAGACAGCUGUUGGCUGUUGCUGUUUGGUGGGUCUUUAGAGAUUUGAGCAGGAGAUGGGAAACCCCCUUUCUGACACCCCUUCACCCAUUUCAACUGACAAGAAGCAUUUCACCGGAAGUGAAACAAGUGUGGGAGGAAAAAGAGAGAGAAACUGUUCUGACUGGGUGGAUUAUAGCGGCAAUGCAAAGUUUCCCAUUUUACAGAUUCUACAUGCACUCUGUGAAUACAAGUUUUACAAGUUCAGAUAUUUAUCAAUGUUGACUCAUCUGACGGGUUCACACAUACAGU